CACAGGAUUUCCAAGUGUGACCACGAAUUGGAUUAUUCUACUCCUGUUGAUUGUGGACUCCUGGCGGACUGGUUACGAGCCCCGAGUAAAGUCAGUUUGACCACGCAUUUCCACGCUUCCUCAGGAAUCAGGCUGGGACUUCCUCCUCGGUGCCUCCUUCCUUUGCACCCUUCCUUCUACCCUGGGUUUCUCUCUCUUUGCGUCGUUUCACGCUGCGUGCCGUUCUCCCUUCUUAUCCCCCUCUCCCUCCGCCGUUCGCUCCCUUCACCUCCACUUACAACCCUGUCUUUAAUCCAUCCCGGCACUGUUAGUACCUUGCAUUCAAAACUUCUAUUCCUGACCCGCCUGGUUUCAAUUCAAAUUCACGCUUCCGGUACUUUUGCAUACCAUACCAUACCAUCACAUUGCAUCAGGUGCUUGCCGCUUCUCUACAUGUGACUUCGUCGUUUCUCCAGCACUCGUUAGUAGGAUAGUUCAGGAUUCUCUGAUCAGAGUGUAUCAUUUUAUCUCCACUCGACUGAAGUUUUCCAACUGCAGAUUUGAGGAGAAAUGAAGCGUUCUUCAUUUUAUUUAUUCGUUGCAAUUUUUCUUCGGUUCCCCCACACACUCACCUCACACAUCGUGCUACCCAUAGCCUUUGGAAGAUCUUUCUCAUGUCGAGUAAGGAGCAAGGAUUUUUCUGGACAGUCGCAAAACUAGAGGUGGUCCAUUUUCUAAGAAGCGGCGUGGGUCAUCCUGUUGAGUAGUAGCCAAGCAAAACUUCGAUCUGGGGUCGAAGUGAAAAAAAAUCAGCACAUGAUAGCGGUAGCAGGCAGAGCCACAAGAAUUGAUUUACACUACACUGGACAGCAAAUGAAACUGAGAAGGGCAAGGAGCUGGAUGGCGUCAAAGAUGAGGGUGGUUUUCCUGAUCAUGUUCAUUAGCCUGUUAAACCUGUCGGCGUUGUUCAGUGCAGUGGCGCUCUCGGAUUCUGUUGAGACUGCGGCGCUCUUGGCAUUUAAGAAGGCCCAGCCAGACCCUGACGGCAAGCUAAGCAGCUGGAUAGGAAACAAUCCCUGCGGUCCCCCUGAAUGGCAAGGAAUUUAUUGCGACGUCGCUGAUAGAACUACCAAUGUGUCGCAUGUCAUCGAAAUACGAGCUAUGAAUUAUAAUUUGCGGGGAACCUUGGUGCCCGAGUUAGGAAAUUUAUCGCGCCUUCUACGAUUGAACGUGAUGAAUACGGGUUUGACGGGAACCAUCCCAUCUGAUCUUGGCAAGUUGCGCAACCUUAGACUAUUCUUGGUGAAUGACAAUCGGUUGGAAGGUAGCCUUCCACCUGAGCUUGGAGGCCUUACCAAUAUGACCCGUUUUCAGGUCGAUGCCAAUCGGCUGUCGGGACCCAUACCUGCGGAGUUUGGCAACCUAACGUCAGUGAGACAUUUGCACAUGAACAACAAUUCCUUCAGUGAUGUCAUUCCGCCGGACUUGGGUAGACUAGGCCGCCUCAACCAUCUUAUUUUGGAUCACAACCUUAUAAGAGGCCCGCUGCCCGUGGCUCUUGCCAAUGCCCCGGCACUCACUAUCAUACAAUUGGAUGACAAUCCUAUUGGCUCCUCUCUUCCAGUUGCUUGGGCGCGGAUCCCGACACUCAUCAAACUGAGCUUACGGAACUGUUCAAUAACGGAUACUGUGCCCAACAUCCAAGACAUGUCAAACCUGACUUUCAUAGACAUGAGCUACAACAACCUCAGAGGAAGCUUGCCUACAAAUAUAAGUUCCCAGAUGAUUACACUGGGUUUCAGCAACAACCGGCUCAAUGGAAUAAUUCCACCGGAAUACGCAGCUCUUGAUUACAUCCAAAACUUGGAUGUGUCGAACAAUAACCUCGAAGGUUCAAUUCCAGCUUUUGGAGCCGGGAAGAGCUUCACGAACGAUUCACAGAUUGUCGUCCUUGACCUUCAAAAUAAUAAUUUCUCCGGCUGGGAUGUGAAAACCGUGGAAUUGACGAGUCACUCAAACAAGACAAUAUGGUUGGACGGCAAUGAUGUGUUUUGCGGAAACAAUUCCAACUACAUAACAGCGCAGGUUCAGCGUCGUGUGUGCACGGGAUCAGAUCCGCUUGCAUACUGGGACUCACCUCUAUUGUUUGCAACCGGAUGUACGUCAUGUGAUUCUCCUGCAGUAGCCGUCAACCGGGGAUUAUCGCCAAAUAUGACAUGUGGGUGCGCCGUGCCGAUCACCGUCAAAAUCCGCCUCAAGAGUCCUAGUUUUACUUACUUCGAUGCAAGCUAUAUUAGCUACAUCGAAGGCCUCACCGCGCGCGCUUUGAGCAUCUCGCAGUAUCAAGUAGUAUUGUCGGCAGCCACUCGAGUGUCGCAAUUGUAUUCCCAGGAUAUCACCUUGCUGGUGUUCCCAGCUGUCGCCAGCACCUUCACUCAGACCGAAUAUGACAAUAUCUUCUUCCAAUUCGCAUCAUGGAAUGUAUCUGCCGGUGAAGAGUGGUCGGUAUCUUUUGCAGGACCCUACGACUUCAUGGAUCUCUUCCGGGGAGUUGGCAGUGCCAAGAAGAAUGGGCUGGGAACGGGAGUCGUGGUGGGCAUUGUCGUUGGCGCAGUGGCUGUUGCCUCGGCACUAGCAGCUCUUUUGACCUUCUUGUUACUUCGCAGACGCUCGAAGUACUCCAACAGGAAUAACAGCAAGCUAUACGGCGGAAUGAUGCUUCCGCCCGGUAUCAAAAUUCAAGGUGUGAAGGGAUUCACGUUUGAGGAUGUUUCGCGGGCUACGAACAAUUUCAAUCCAGACAAUGAACUUGGGCAGGGCGGUUAUGGAAAAGUGUACAAGGGCGUGCUUCCUGACGGAAUUCCGGUGGCCAUUAAACGCGCGGAGGAGGGUUCCAUGCAAAAUGCAGUCCAAUUCUACACCGAGAUCGAACUGCUCUCGAGGGUUCAUCAUCGGAAUCUCGUCAGCCUUCUGGGGUAUUGCAAUGAUCGUGGAGAGCAGAUGCUCGUGUACGAGUUUAUGGCAGGCGGCACACUUCGGGACCACUUGACUCCGACGGAGAUUAUGGGCUUCGCAAGGCGACUACAUAUAGCGCUGGGGACUGCACGAGGCAUCCUGUAUCUGCAUACGGAAGCAGACCCACCCAUAUUUCACCGGGACAUCAAAGCCAGCAACAUUCUUCUUGACGAGCGCUAUAAUGCCAAGGUGGCGGACUUUGGGCUUUCGAAGUUGGCGCCCAUGCCUGACCCCAACGGUGCCACCCCACAGCAUGUGUCCACCAUUGUCAAGGGCACACCGGGCUAUCUGGACCCGGAGUAUUUUUUGACACAGAAGCUAACAGACAAGACCGAUGUUUACAGUUUCGGCAUUGUGCUGCUGGAAUUGAUUACAGGAAUGUUCCCCAUUGCUUACGGCAAGAACAUUGUCAGAGAGGUGAACCGAGCCAUGGAGGAGGGGGACAUAAUGUCGAUUGCUGAUCCACAGAUGGGGACGUUUCCAUCGAAGCAAGGGUUGGAGCCACUACUCAAGCUGGCAUUGGCUUGCUGCCAAAAUGAGAGUGAUGCACGGCCCCGCAUGGUGGAUAUAGUGAGAGAGCUGGAAGACAUUUGGCGCAUCAACAAGUUAAAGGUAUCAGAUUCAUGGAAGGAGGAUCCGGACACGUUCUCUAUCGAACUCGGUCACAGGAAGGCUCAUUCGAGUGGGGAACCAUCGUCCAACUCAUGGCAAGACAUGUCAUGUGACAUGAAGGCCUCCCUCAAGGGCAAGAUCGAUCCCCGGUAGAGCACAAUCUCGCACCAAAGCCUUUACACAUGUGGAGAAACAGCCCACCAAGAAUUGUUCGGGUGAAAGGACGACAAUACAACGAAAUUAUCCCAAAGCAGAGCAUGGAUUUGGUGGUGCCCAUUGUAAUGGAAAGAAACAAGGUCGGGGAGGGUAGCACACUGUUAGAGACCCCACUUUACACAGCACAAUACAAGACAAGGCAAGGCAAAACAGGAGGAGGCACCAGGAGGAGGCACCAGGAGGAGGCACCAGCAGUGGAGAUAUGCCGCCACCCAGCCCCCGAGGUCUCGCUCUGCCACGAGGCUGCUUGUCCCUGAUGGCUAUUUCCAGGAUCAAAUUUGUGUACAAUAAUAAAUAAACAAAUAAAUAAAAUAAUUUGUCGCAUUUGUCCCUGGAUUUUUAA